AUGUCAACGGCGAUAAUCUCGUUGUGGUGUCACGCAAAUAGUUUCAGUGUCUUGGGCGAGUUGCAUACUUCCUGUGGAGAAACCGAAGAAGGGCAACCUGAAAUUAUCUCAACCAGCAAGGCAAAACAUGAUGAACGGAAGUCUCGCACGGAGAAAAAGCGAGGGACUGUUAUCGUGGGAAAUUCCAUGGUCAAAGGCCUACAUCAACAUAAACUUGCAAAUUCGGUAAAUCAAAACGUCGGGGUGAGGUGCUUCGCAGAAGCGACUGUCCUUGACAUGAGCGAUUACAUUAAACCUGUAUUGCGCAGAAAGCCAGAUAACAUAUUGUAUUACAUGUGAAAACAAAUGACAGGAAAACCAGAAAAGCAACGGAAAUAAUGAACAAUAUCGACAAUUUAUGUCAAGAAAUCAAGGAAGCUGUCAAGAAAUCAAGGAAGGUGCAGAAUUAAUAAUCUCAAAUUGAUCAACCGAGAAGACAAUAAGAAAUCUAAACAAACAGUGAUCGAAGUAAAUAACUGUACUGCAACUAAUUUAGGUCUAAUUACACACGAUAACAUAACGAGCACAUCGUUUAAUAGGUCUAAUUUACAUUUAAACAGAUAUGGACCAUAUAGGUCUAAUUUACAUUUAAAUAGAUAUGGAUCACCUAUUUUUGCAAAGAAUAUUGUUAGAUAUCUACAGCAUUUUUAGUUUAAACAGAGUCUCAUUCUUUAGCAGCAGCGAUUUAAUUAUUGAGGAUCCGUUCCAUAAUGCAAGCGAAAAUUUUCAAAAUUUAGAGAUAGAGAACGAGAAUAACAUAAAUUUUCUACGAUCACUAAAAGGAUUUAGAGUUGGACAUAUAAAUAUUGCCUCACUCGUCAAGCACAUUGACAAAUUGAAAAUAUAUCUUGAAAAAGAACCAUUCGACAUCCUUCGUAUUAACGACUGAGUAGACUCGAUGAAACGAUAAGCACUGAUGUUGUCAGCAGACCAGGAUAUGAAAUGAUUGUUAAAAACCGUAAUCGUGUGGGUGGCGGUGUUGCAAUUUACUAUCGCAGUGUUUUGAAUGUUAUGAAUAGGCAAGAUUUAAUUCCAGCGAAUGUUGAAGCUGUUUGUCUCGAGGUCACUAGGCCAAAAUCCAAACCCAUUUUAAUUACGUUUGUUUAUAGACCACCAAAUUCGCGAAUCGAACUCUUAAACGAUAUUGAAACACUAUUUCAGAAUCUUGAUAGUGAACAUGAAGAACAAAUUAUUGUAGGUGAUUUUAAUUGCGACAUCGCAAAUAUUCUACAUUUUUCUACACUUUUCAGAAUUUUUUACAUUUUUCAAAAAUUUUUUUCAAAAAUUACGACCCCGGUCUUGCCCUUUGCGACAAAAAUAUUUAACCCAAAUAGCAGUUCUACCGACUGAAUAG